CCCCUGCUGGGGUGAUUUGGCGCAGAGCGGAGGAGGUGCUUGCUCCUGCUUCUGCUCCUCCCCUCUCCUUGCGGCCUCCCGGAGGUCGGCCCUGUUCUUGUGGCCUGAAGUAGGAUGUGGAUGACGCCCAAGAGGAGCAAAAUGGAAGUCGACGAAUCUCGGGUUUUCCGGGCCGAGUGGACCCAGCGUUACUUGGUGGUGGAGCCUCCGGAGGGCGAAGGGGCCCUGUGCCUGGUCUGUCGCCGCCUCGUCGUUGCCACCCGCGAACGCGACGUCAGGCGCCACUACGAGGCCGAGCACGACUACUACGAGCGGUAUGUGGCGGAGGGCGAGCGCGCGGCCCUAGUGGAGCGUCUGCGGCAGGGCGACUUGCCCGUGGUCGUCCCGCUCACUCCUGAGGAGAGAGCUGCUCGUGCAGGCCUCGGGCUCGCCCGCCUCUUGGCCUUGAAGGGUCGCGGCUGGGGUGAGGGGGACUUUGUGUACCAGUGCAUGGAGGUGAUGCUGAGGGAUGCCCUGCCCGAACACGUAAGCGUUCUGGAUGGCAUUGAUUUAUCGCCAGAGGUCACGCGGCAGAGGGUCCUGAACAUUAACAAGAAUCUACGCAGUCAGCUCUUUGACAGAGCCAAGGACUUUAAAGCCUAUUCCCUUGCCCUGGACGACCAGGCCUUUGUGGCCUAUGAGAACUAUCUCCUGGUCUUUGUCCGCGGCGUGGGCCAGGACUUGGAGGUGCAGGAAGAGCUUCUGACCAUUAUCAACCUGACUCGUCACUUCAGUGUUGGUGCCCUUAUGGCGGCAAUCCUUGAGGCCCUGCAAACAGCAGGGCUUAGCUUGCAGCGAAUGGUUGGCCUAACCACGACCCACACUCUGAGGAUGAUUGGUGAGAACUCAGGGCUAGUGUCCUACAUGAGGGAAAAGGCUGUAAGCCCCAACUGUUGGAAUGUUAUCCAUUAUUCAGGAUUUCUGCACUUGGAACUCUUGAGCUCCUACGAUGUAGACGUUAAUCAGAUCAUAAAUACUAUAUCAGAAUGGAUAGUUUUAAUUAAGACCAGAGGCGUUAGGCGCCCGGAAUUUCAGGCCUUACUAACCGAAUCUGAAUCAGAGCAUGGCGAAAGGGUUAAUGGACGAUGUCUGAACAAUUGGCUUAGAAGAGGGAAAACUUUAAAAUUAAUAUUUUCCCUGAGAAAAGAGAUAGAAGCGUUCUUAGUUUCAAUAGGGGCGACAACGGUCCAUUUCACAGACAAGCAAUGGCUGUGUGACUUUGGCUUCUUGGUGGAUAUUAUGGACCACCUUCGAGAACUCAGUGAACUAUUGAGAGUCAGUAAAGUCUUUGCUGCUGCUGCCUUUGACCAUAUCUGUACCUUUGAAGUGAAGCUGAAUUUACUGCAGAGACAUAUUGAGGAGAAAAAUCUAACACACUUUGCUGCCUUCAGAGAAGUUGUUGAUGAGCUUAAACAGCAUCUUAAAGAAGAUCAAAAAAUAUUUGAUCCUGAUAGGUAUCAAGUGGUGAUCUGUCGCCUACAGAAAGAAUUUGAGAGACAUUUCAAGGACCUCAGGUUCAUUAAAAAGGACUUAGAACUUUUCGCAAACCCUUUUAACUUUAAACCUGAAUAUGCGCCUAUUUCAGUAAGAGUGGAGCUAACAAAACUUCAGGCGAAUACUAACCUUUGGAACGAAUACAGAGUCAAAGACUUGGGGCAGUUCUAUGCUGGAUUGUCUGCUGAAUCUUACCCAAUUAUCAAAGGGGUUGCCUGUAAGGUGGCAUCCUUGUUUGAUAGUAACGAAAUCUGCGAAAAGGCUUUUUCAUAUUUGACUCGAAACCAACACACUUUGAGCCAGCCAUUGACAGAUGAGCAUCUCCACGCCCUGUUUAGGAUUGCCACGACUGAAAUAGAGCCGCACUGGGAUGACCUUGUGAGAGGAAGAAAUGAAUCCAAUCCAUAAGCCUUGGUAGUACAACAUCAAGACACCCAAAAGAGAAUCUCAUUCUAAAAGCAAACAUUUGUCCGAUUUUUCAAGUUAACUAAUUUGGAUUGUGUCAAAGCGCCAAGUUUAUUCAUCCAAAUUGAUCACGAUUCAGAUUCUUCUGACAGAUGUUUUUAUCAUCUCAAGAGGCAGCAUGGGACUGAGACAUGCAAACACCUUUUUUAAAAUUUAAUUUAAUGACAGAGUCAUUGUCUUUUGCUUUUAUGAUAUAAUUGUUUUUAAAGAAGUUCAGUACUGAUAAUGUGAGUUGAAUUAGAAGUCUGUUUUUCAGAUGUUUUAAAGAAAUUUUAGGUUUUAACAAAGUGUUUAAAUUCUGAUACAUAUGGUCUGAAGUUAUCAACUCCUUAAAUGUAUGUUUGAGCCAGUUUGCAGAAACUCAGGAAGUUCAGAAGUUUCUGAGAAGGAAGAACGUACAGUGGAGGAGGCUUCCUGCAUUUUGGAGAUCAGACUAUCCAGCUAUUGGGGGUCUCCCCUGAAUUUUUCACAGUUGGGUGCUGUUUUAUCAGAUUGCCUAUUAAAGGACUGCGGUAAGUAUAGAAUCUUAAUGGUUUCCCGUUAGUAAUUCUUUAUUCUACUCCAGACAGAAGUUUAGCCCUGUCAAAAAAAAAAAAGGAUGACAGAAUAAGAUUAUUGCCCUCCAGGAUCAGGAGGUGUGAGAUAUUUUAGCUUAUGCACGGGUGUUCCUGCUUUAUAAAGAAAUCCUGUUUAAAGGAAUCCUUUUAUUUUAAAGUGAUAUGAUGUCAGAUUGUGUUAGCUGCUGGAAGUGGCUUUAUUAUAGAAUUUAAAACUGCCCCACACAUUCUAUAUGUAAGAUAGCGCACAAGUAGAAAUAUUUAAUUCUCAAGAAGCAGCUAUAUUAACAGAUUGUAGCAAUUCCGUAUUUCUAGUGAGACAUCAGCUUUGUGCAAAAACAGUGCUUUUCAAACUUAGGUUAACCAUGAAAAGGAAAUCGCACAGUAAAGCCAAAUAUAUAAAAUGAUGUAAAAGCAGGACCCAACUUAGAGGUCCUCUCAAGUACAAUUUGCAAACUUGUGCUAAAGUCCUGUCUUAACAUUGUAACACGUUAUUCUUGGUCACUAAUCCAGCAAAUUCAUGGAACCAGGAUAUAACCAACAAUUUAGAAGGAACUGAUGCCCGAGCAAUCAAAAGGGAUGCCAUGAGAGCUCAGGAACCAUAGUGGUGUCAGUGGUUCUCGACCAGAAGCAGUAACCUCUCUUCCCAGAGGUUGUUAGAAAACAGGACAUUUUUGGUCAUUGGACUUACCUGGGGGGAUUCUGCUGGCAUUUAAGCAUGAAGAACAUCUCCCCCUCCUCUGCCUCCCCCCGCCCCCCUGCAGUGCAUAGGACAGCUGGGCACAAUAGAAUAUUAGCCUUCCUAAAGUGCCAGUAGAUCCCCUGUUGUAGAUUAUUUUAUUCUGAGGGACAGGGCAAAUUACCGGUAGAAGCAGAAUGAGAAAGGCCAAGUCAGGCAGACUGACACUACUCCACAGGGUAGACUCAUUCCAAUGUUGCAGGUUUGGCUGGUAAGGUGAGGUAAAGGCCUUGAUAGAUUCUGGUAGCUCAGUAGCAUUUUAAGUCAGUAGCUUAUAUGAAACCAGACUAAAGAACUCUAUUCUGUUAAUCGGAAUUAGUGCAGAAAAGCAAGUAUUAACGAGCUAGUAAUCGAGAAUGGUCAAGUUGAGAUUUUCAGUGAUCAGGGAGUAAGCUUAAAUAUCUGGAAAAACAACAAUGAAAAACCAACCCUCCCCCCCAAAAUCUACCGGUAAUUUGCCAGCAGUUGGAGUUUUCUCUUUCAUGGCAAGUGCUUUUUUGAAAGAAUGUUUGGAGGACUUGCUUCUGCUUUCCUACCCUAGUUCCUAAAAAUACUGAAGUCUUGUACAUUUUGUGAAGUUCCACUAUAUAUUUUGCUUAAGGUAAUAAAACUAGUUUGCCUCAUGUAGUCACUGAGUUGGGAGGAGAUAAAAGCUAAGGAUUUAAAACUGACCCUAAAUAAUAGAGAAUUUGCUAUAAACUAGUCUUGUUUGUAAAAAAGAAAAAAAUGUGUGUAUAUUACUGUUUUCUGUAUUAAGUAAUUCUGUAACUGCAUGGCAGUCUUUAAAAUUUUUUUUUUUUAUUUACAAAAUAGUUGUUACUGGUCCUGUCGUAUUAGUGAAUAUAGUUAAAAUAAGUACUAUUUUUUAAAAACCUCGUGUCCCUAUAUCUCCCUUUCCUAGUAGUUUUCUUAAAAGAUUUGUCUGUAUUCCCGGUCUCUCAGUGCCACCCCAACUGCUCUCCCCAGCUAGAUCCUUGGCAGUAUUCUUACCCUCUUUGACACCACUGACUGCUCUUCCUUGAAGUGCUUACAUAUGUUGGCUUCAGGGGUAGAUUGUCUCUGCAGGUAUGCUUUCUCAGUCUGCUUCGUAGGUGCACCCCUUUCCCUUACAUGUUUGUGUUCUUGUGAUUUCAAAAUUUUGUUGUAGAGCUAUUUUCUACAUCGUCUUAGCUGCUCUCAUCCCUGUCCAUGGCUUCAUUUACCAUCUGUAUGCAAAUGACCCCCACAUUCUGUCUCCUUUCUAGGCCUUUCCUAAUACAUGUAUCUAUCUAACUGCCAACUUAAGUCACUCUGCUGUCUCAUGGACACCAUAGCAUGUCAUUGAUCUUGCCGCCAAACCUGCUCUUCUUCUGUUGCCUCUUUCAGUAGAUGGCACUGCUGCUACCAGUUGCCGUAGCCCAAGCCAAAAACUAAUCUAUCCAUGACCUUCAUCAUAUCCACUUGUGAAAACCUUUGUGUUAGGUCUACUGUCUCAAGUUUUUCUCACUUUUCCAGUGCUACCAUUCUAAUUCAGGCCAUCAGCCAACCUAAAUUGUAGCAACAGCAUCCUUGUUAGUCUCUUUUUCUCUGGUUUUGAACAUUUUUUUUAUGCUGCAGCCAGAUGGUUCCAAAAGACAUACCUGGUCAUCUCUCUCCACUGCUUUCACCAUGACAUAGGAUAAAGAUACAAUUUCUGUUUAUCUUUGAGUUCUCAGUUUAAAUACCACUUCCUCUAGGAAGUCUUUACUAAUGCCCUCUAGACUAGCUGCCCCCACUGUGCACUCUCUAAAUGCCCUUUUCCUUUCCCAGCCAUACACUUGGCACAUUUUGUUGCUACUUCUUACCGAUCACUGCUAGACUGUAAGCUUUACCAGGGCAGGGACUGUGCCUUGCUAGUUAUUCUGUCUGUAGUGCUUAGCACAGUGCCUGGCAUUCCAAUAAAUGUUUGGAUGAAUAAAUAUGUGUGUAGUGUUUUAUGAUCUUUGAAGCCCAUUCAUAGUCUCAUUUGACCUUCACCAAGGUCUUCCUGCCUUAGCCUGCUUGUUGGGUAAUUGUUACUCACAUAUUACGAACUAAGAAAUGAAACUAAGUUCUUUGUGACUAAGGAAUUGUAUUCCCAGAAUUUAGCUCAGUGCUUGGCAUGUGGCUCAAAUAUUUAUUAUGUGAAUGUUGUUGCGGAAACGAACUUAGAUUGCAAUUUGCCCUAGUAAAUGUAAGUAGUAAAGCCAGGAUUCAAACCCAGGUGUACUUACAUAAAUCUAUGGAAUAGUAAGUCUUUAUCUCCUUUACUUGGAAGUCUUAAUUUCAUUUCUUUGUGGGUUUUUUUCCUUUUUCUUUUUUUUUUCUAACUUCCAAAGGUAGACUUCCAAAAGAACCUAGAUGAAAAACAGUGGUCAACUAUUUAGUGGACUAAAACAAUACUGGUAAUUAAAAAGUUACACUCAGUAUCAGAAAAAGAUAAUGCCAUUUAAAAUACUCAUUUUCCUUUUGUAAAUAUUAAUCCUAGAAGAAAAUGGCAUACUAUUUACUUGCUACUUUCCUUUACAGAUGAUUUCUGGCUCUUCUGGGAUUUAAAAGUAAGUAAAUUUAAUAAAAUAUUAGAGGAAUGGCUCUGUCUUCCUGAUUCCUAGAUACCCAGUUCUCUUGCUUUUCUUGCCUAAGGAUGUCCUUAUCACUUUUCUAAAGAAGAUGACCCAAAAAUGACAUGUAGUCAAGGUGUACUUCUUAGAUGUGCUGUGUUUCUUUCCUGGCUUGUUCACGUGCCUCUGAACUUAAUUUCUGGGUAACCAGCUUUUGGGAUUCGUGGAAGAACUAUACCCAUAGUCUUUUUCCUUGAGCCAUUUUGUCCAAUUUGAGGGAUUAACCAGUGUUACACUAAAUUGGACUUUUGGUCUGAGGCACAUUAACUUAUCCAGAAAUCUUAACAGUAGGUGUGAUAGUCAUCCAGUGAUCCUUGCUGCAAAACUGGUUUUAAUGGAUUUCUUUAAUCCUCUAGAUUAAAGAAUUUCUCAUUUUUAUCUUUUCAUAAUUGAGAAGUGGUUUCAUCCUGUCCAAUAUAUACUCGAAUUUGUGAAUUCUACCCCUUUCAUUUCUGCUUGCAAAUUGAUGAAUUCUGAGAUCAUCUCUUUCUUACACAUUUCGUCAGAUGCAGCCACAGCAACCAUAAGACAUUUUGUUUUACUUUUCCCCACUCCCACUUUAGUAAAGGAUGGAUUUCUGUGCCUUCUAGGCUUUCCCAAGAGAUCGUUUCACCGCUCCAUAACAUGAGUUGCCUCCGUAAGUUAUUUCUUCCAUCCUCCAAUAGCAAUUUCCUGAAUGCCUACCAACUAAGCCAGUGUGUAGUAUGUUGAGUUUUAAAAAAUGGAGCCAAUUUCUGUAUCAGGAUAGGCGAGGUUGUCAUACAGUAACAACAGCAAAAUCUCAAUGCCUCGGGAACUCUUCUCUUGCAACUUGGCUAGGGACUUUGCUCGAUAGGGGUCUGGGUCAACAAACUACAGUCCACAGGCAAAAUCCAUCCUGCUGCCUGUUUCUAUAAAUAAAGUUCUAUUGGAAGAUAGCCUUGCCCACUUAAUUUAUGUCUGUGGCUGCUUUUGCUCUAUAAUGGCAGAAUGGAAUAGCUGUGAGAAAGAGUGUGUGCGAUGCACAGUCUAAAAUAAUUUGCUGUGUGACCCCACAGAAAAUGCUCACCGAUCCCUGCUCAAAGUUGUUCUCAUUUUGGGACUCAUAAGAUACCAUGUGCGGUGUGGGUGCUCAUUUUGGGAAAUGAAAAAAAAAUGCAGCAAAUCACUUAGAGGCCUGUAAAGCACUUCACUGCCCGAAACAAAUCCCAUGGCCACACCAAAGUUCCAGGAAGACUAAUCCUUCCAUGUGCCUCAGAAGAAAACCAGGAAUACUUGGAAGACGACACUAGAUCAACACAUGGUUAUAUCUCUCCAUUUAUCUGAUUUCUUUAAAAAUAUUUUUUAUUGAGGUAACAUAUUCAGUAAAGUGUGUAAAUAUUAAAUGUAUGCCUCAGUGGAUUUUUAUAUACACCCUGGAACCCAUCACCCAGAUCAAGAUAGCAUUUCUAGCACCCAGCAGAUACCCUCAUGUCCCUCCUGCACACAGAUAGACUCAUUGGAUCCUUACAACAGAGCUUACUUUUGUCUUUUUAAAGCUUCAUGUAAAUGUGAUGAUUCUCUGUGCUCUUGUGUCUAUUGUUCAGUACUGUGUGACUCAACCACGUUGCAUGUAGAAGCAUUUUUUAUGUCUGUGCAGUAUUCCAUUGUACGACUGUACUGCGAUUGAUAAAUCCAUUCUACCAUUGAUGGAGAUUUUGGUUGUUUCCAGUUGUGGUUAUUAUGAAUAAAGUUGCUAUAAACAUUUC